UCCCUGCAAGUGUCGCUUCGCUCGCAUUUUAUUUAUUUCAAAAAAACUAAAUAAUCAUGUAAAAUGAAGGAAUUAAAAAAAAAGUAAUUUAUUUAUAAAUAAUUUAUGGGUCCGUGAUUGUAAUAAAAAAUGUUUCGGUCAUCAAAGGCUGAAAAUAAUAACAAUUCAAAGCGAAAAAAGUUAGGCUAGAAUUUUAAAGCUGAAUUCUGCUUUGUUAAUUAUUUAUCUAAAUGAUUAGAUAAAAAAAAUAUGAAAGGAUCAAGUAUGCGAUGGCUGUCACUGUCACUACUGAUGUUCAUCCUGAUGAGCAAGGGAUCAACUAACGAUGACAAUAAUCAUCAAGCAAAUAAUGUCACUUCAGCAAUAAAAGUUAAAUUUACUUCUCGAGUGGUGCAAAACGAGUACAUCGUUGUAUUCAAAGGCUAUUACAAACCUAGCACGCGGUCUAGUUACAUCAGCGCAGCUCUGACGUCUUCUGGAAUAGCCGAUUGGCGAAUAAUACCACGAGAUAAUCUCGCAAGUGAUCAUCCAAGUGAUUUUGAUGUCGUCAUGCUUCAGGAAACUCAAAAGUACACGGGAUUAGAUGCACUGACAGAGCAUCCUCUGGUUAAGCGAGUGACACCCCAGCGCCUGGUCUACCGAACGCUUAAAUACGUUAAUGUGAGUGAGUUUCCUCAAGAAGAGGUUGCUAAUAUUCCGGAGUACAAAACAUUUAAGAGAAAAAUAAACAAUUUUAAGACCAAUGAAAGUUGGAUUGAAAAUCGGCACAAGAACCGGAGACUCAUGAGGGCUAUUCCUAAACAGAUAACUUCUGUACUCCAGGUUGACGCGCUCUGGAAGAUGAAAGUUACUGGUCAGAAUGUUAAAGUCGCGGUAUUUGAUACCGGACUCGCGGCAAGUCAUCCACAUUUGAAAAAUAUAAAAGAGCGGAGUAAUUGGACAAAUGAAAAAACUCUAGGAGAUACUCUAGGUCAUGGAACAUUUGUUGCUGGAGUUAUAGCAUCGUCUUCUAGAGAAUGUCUAGGACUAGCUCCAGAUGCUGAGCUUCAUAUCUUUAGAGUAUUUACAAACGAACAAGUGUCUUACACUUCGUGGUUCCUGGAUGCUUUCAAUUACGCAAUUCUAUCUAAAAUAACGGUACUGAAUUUAAGUAUAGGAGGCCCAGAUUUUAUGGACCACCCGUUCGUGGACAAAGUUUGGGAGCUGACGGCCAAUGGAGUGAUAAUGGUUUCGGCAACGGGUAAUGACGGGCCUUUGUACGGGACCCACAAUAAUCCUGCGGAUCAGAUGGACGUAAUUGGAGUUGGUGGAAUCAACUGGGCGGAUAAAAUCGCGAGUUUUUCAUCCCGCGGAAUGACAACCUGGGAACUACCCAAUGGAUAUGGGCGAGUUAAACCAGAUCUUGUAACUUAUGGGUCAGGAGUUCGUGGAUCCGCGUUGAAAAAUGGGUGCCAAUCUUUGUCGGGUACUUCAGUAGCCAGUCCUGUAGUCGCGGGUGCGGUUGCGCUUUUAGCGAGUGGUUUUAUUGGAGACGCGCCUAAGAAUGUUAAAAUAAAUCCCGCGAGUAUGAAGCAGGCAUUACUAAGUUCCGCGCGCCGGUUACCAGGUAUUGGAAUGUUUGAACAGGGCGCGGGUAAAUUAGAUCUGCUACGCGCUUUUUAUUUUUUGAGAUCUUAUACUCCACAAGUUACUUUGAGUCCAAGCUAUAUUGAUCUUACAGAGUGUCAGUACAUGUGGCCGUAUUGUACCCAAGCGAUUUAUUACACCGCGAUGCCGACAGUUGUUAACGUGACAAUAAUAAACGGACUCGGGGUCUCGGGUCACGUGGCCAACGUUACUUGGCAUCCGUAUCUAGGAGAGGGAAAUGGAGACAAAGUUGAUGUGUCUCUGAGCUUCAGCGACGUGCUGUGGCCUUGGUCAGGAUGGUUAUCAGUUUCCCUGACGGUACCAGAGGCUGCUGGAGACUGGCAAGGUACCGCGCAUGGACACAUCAGUUUGACUGUCGAGUCUCCUAAAACUGAUACCCUAGAUGACAAAGAAGUUGAUGAUGAAGCUGUCAAGUCUACUAUCAACUUACCUCUGAAGGUAAAAGUUAUUCCAACGCCUCCUAGACACAAGCGAUUGCUUUGGGACCAGUUUCACAAUUUACGUUACCCCCCAGGUUAUUUUCCCCGGGAUGAUCUUCAGGCGAAAAACGACCCGUUGGAUUGGAACGGUGAUCACAUUCAUACAAACUUCAAGGAAAUGUAUCAGCAUUUAAGAAACGCGGGUUAUUAUUUAGAAGUCCUGGGAACUCCGUUUACUUGCUUCAAUGCCAGGAACUACGGGACUCUGCUGAUAGUUGACGCAGAGGAGGAAUUUUUUUCAGAAGAAAUCAUCAAGCUGAAGAACGACGUUGAGCUUGAGGGAUUGUCGGUUGUAGUCUUCGCAGACUGGUACAAUGUCACCGUCAUGCAGAAAGUUAAGUUUUAUGAUGAGAACACGCGGCAGUGGUGGAUACCCGACACUGGUGGUGCCAACGUUCCUGCGCUCAACGACCUUCUGUUCACUAAUUGGGGCGUCGCUUUUGGAGACUCUGUAAGGAAUGGACAAUUUACUUUAGGACAGCACACUCCAGUUACUUUCGCUUCUGGGACCACAAUCGCGCGGUUUCCUGCUACGGGGACGCUUCUCUACGUAGAGCUAAAAGACCAAGGAGAGAAAUUACUCAGCACUGCUGGAAGUGGGGAAAUCUCGUCUUCAGUUCCGGUGAUGGGAUUACUGAAGCCAGAAGUUGACAAGUUGGAUAGCUCUAGUGAUUCAGGAAAAAUUGUUGUUUAUGGAGAUUCCAACUGCAUUGACGACAGUCAUUUGAAAAAACCUCCAUGUUUCUGGAUGUUGGACGCAAUCUUAGAGUACACUGCAACAGGAAACGUUCCUACAAUUUUUAACGACAAGACUCAGACUCAAAAUCAAAUUUCCAAUCAAGUUUCGACGAAUCUUGAAAUCGGAAAACUCCCGUCCCGGAUGCAAGGAAGUCAAUUGCAUCGUCACAGCAAAGUUUUACUGAUGACUGAAACCGAUGGAACUCAACGUUUACGACCUUUACCAUCAUGCCCGACUACUAUUCUUGCCGAACCUAGUCCACUCAAUGAAUCUAUUCCCACAAAUUUAUAUAAAGUCCAAAAACUUUUAUCAGUCGAAGAACAAGUUGAUGCAGUACCUCUAUCCCCAGAUGCGGACCCUACCUGGUUGCUACGCCGUCGCGGAGGUACGGGAUACAACUCCCACCCUCAGUUCAACCUGGAAGUUGAGUCGACGGACAUUGAACCGGUUCCUACGAAAUACUCUCUGUUUUUAAACUCCUGGACAUUUUACUUAACGAUGACAAUUAUUAUCAUACUGUCCUUGACGUUGUUAAGAAAAUUACUAUCGAACUGCCUAGGAAAACGUCAGUUAAAACGUAAAAGAGUUAUGGGCCGUCUUCGGCGAAUUUUACAAACUUUAACUGUAUCUAGAGUGCCUCAAAUGUAA